UCUUCUUCUUCAAUUGAAGCUGCUUCUGCUCACUCUGCCAUUGGACUCUUGAUAGUCGUCUCCACACUGCUGCUGGGGGGACUUUUUAACAUAGGCCUCCUGUACGGCCUUCAAUUUGAAGCUGCUUCUUCGCCACUCUCAUGGGCCCCUGUACCGCCUCCUCAUGCUCUGCCAGGUUCAGAGUGUGUCAUGGGUCCCUGUACGGCCUCCCAUUGCUGCUGUCUCCAUCGCCACACUCUGCCAUGUGCCACUUUCAGGUCUCCUCACACUGCUGGUGGGUUCCAUUUUGUCAUAGGGUGCUGUAUGGCCUCCCAUUGCUGCUGCCUCCACCGCCACAAUGUGGCUCCACACUCUGGUUUUGGCCCCGUGACUGCCCAAAUGAGUGAAGUGUGCGGUGAUUCUAAGAUCGACGGCACUCAUCUGCAUGUCAUACUGACUGACAGUAUUAUUUCUCUUCCCCAGCAGACUCCAAGGGCAUUUAAAUUAAAGGUACAGUGUUCUGCACUAAUAUAA